UGGAAGAGUCCCCCGGGGUCUCAGUGUGGAGCGAGCGGCAUCGCCGACGACUCCUCCGCAGUCUCGGGGUUGUUGUUGUUGUUACAAGCAGGCCGAUGCCAUUGCCUACUUGGCUGAUUGAUUUUGAGUAAACAACAACAAGAAGAAGAAGAACAACAACAAGAAGGAUACAUUAACCGAGGACACAAAGGGGCCAUGGCUGGGACAAUGUGCGUGGCUAUGUAUCAGUACACGGGCGAUAUAAAUCAGCAAGGAUUGAGUUUCGGAGCGGGGGACACAAUCCGCGUGUUCCACACCACGGAGGAUGGCUGGUGGGAAGGCGAGAAGGACGGCAUCCGUGGCUGGUUCCCUGCGAGCUACGUGCACAUCUUGGAGAAGCCUGAACCAGGAGACACAGAGGAACCCGAGAUGUCCCAUCUUCCCGAAGGCUGGCAGUGCUUCAGCUCUCCCCAGGGACCUAAAUAUUACGUCAACACAAGCACAAACGAAACGACUUGGGAAAAACCGACUGGUUCCACCACUUCAUCAUCGCCAGCUGCGUCUCCUGGCCUCGGCCCAGUGAGCCCACCUGAGAAGAAAAUUACAGAAAAUGGAUUUCACUCUGUCAGCUCAGAAGAGAAGACGUCCCUUAAGAAAACAAAUAGUAAUGACCUGCACCAAGGCCCUACCACGGACGUUCCUGCCCCCAAAAAAAGCAAAUUGACCACAAUAACGACUAACUGCGUCACCUUCCCUGGCUCGGAGUCAACAGCUGAACAAAGCCUCCUGAAGCCGGACGAGUGGAGCUACUGCGAUCACUUCUGGGCAGACAAGCUCGAUGCCCACAGCAAGAAGGCAACAUCUGGUUUCAAUGUCCUGUUGGCAAAACAGAUGAAAGGGCAGCAGAUGUCACGGGAGAUGGCAGAGUUCAUUCGGCAGAGAGUAAAAAUCGAGGAGGAAUACGCAAAGAACCUAUCAAAGCUGUCACAAUGUCCCCUGGCGUUGCAGGAAGAAGGCACCCUGGGAGAAAGCUGGGCUCAAGUGAAGAUCAGUUUGUCUGCAGAGGCAGAAGUCCAUUUAAAGUUUGCUGCCAAGCUGAGUAGCGAGGUGGAAAAGCCGCUCUUCAGCUUCAGAGAACAUUUUGGAAAAGAAAUGCGCAAGAAGGAACACCACAUCGCCAAUCAUCGGAAACUGCUCACUACGCGAUACAGCUCGGUUCAAAAGGCCAGAAAGGUUCUUGCCAAACGACAGCGGGAACUGGAGAUGAAGGUGAAGCACAACGAGAUCAAGCCUUCCAACAAGGCCGAGGAGGAGAUCAUGAAGGCACGGAUGAGGUCCACUCAGGGCGGCGACGACCUCAAGAAAUGCGUGGACCUGUACAACCAGGCUCAGUUCCGGUGGUUUGAGGAAAUGGUCACUUCAUCCCUGGAGCUGGAGAGGCUGGAAGUUGAGCGAAUUGAGCAGAUAGAGCAACACCUUAACCGCUACACACAGCUACGCCAUGAGACGGACGUGUUCAACCAAAGCACGAUGGAGGCUGUAAACCAGUCGCUGCAGAAGGUGGACCCAAACAGAGACCGUGAGCUCUGGGUGAAGGACACCCGGACGGGCAGUGUUCGCCCGGUCGACAUGGACUUGUGAAAUAAGGCGCUAUCGACAUGGUUCUGAUUUUUUUUUUUAACGAAGUUGACUAAUAUAAAUUGGAAAGAAUUGGAUGGCGGUGGAACAUGACGUGCAAUGGUUAUAAGGCACGUUGUUGGAAAGUGCCUUUGAGGAAAGCCUGUACAUUACACCCGUUUCAAGAUACUGUUAAAGUGUUAAGUAUUAGUCAAUGUUAUGCUUCGGUGGUGAUUUACAAACUUACUUUCUGAACAAUAGCAGGUAUGAGUUUCUAUGUUCAUCUAGCAAUGAACUCCAAACUACCACAUUCUGUAGAUAAUGUACUCACAAUAUGCUGUUAAAUAUUAUAUAAUUGUCUUUUAAAGUAGCAAUGUGUUUACAUGGGUCUUUUUCCUGCAACUGUGAGUAUUGUUUUUAAAAUUCCUUUAUUGUAUGACAGUUUGUGAUGCAACUUUCAAAAUAAAUACUAGUUCUUUAUAUCAAGUAGGUUAUACUAUUGUUCAAAAGUGAUGUUGCAUUAAUAGAUAAUACAUUCCUAAAUGAUGGCUUGCACUGUCUUGUUUCUGUAAUUAAAAACUUUUUUACGACGUCGAAAGCGUUUAAGAAAGUGACAAGUACAAAAUAUACCUUGUGAACAUUUACAUUCUUUUGCGCAGUUCUUGUUGGAUUGCUUUAGGUUGGAAUGUCCAUCAUUUAUGCUUUGAAACCACCGAUUGAAUGAAUAUUUUAGUUGUGUGUGUUUAAGGAGUGGCAGGCAGAGAAUGUUAUGGAUUGACCUGUUCCUGACAACUGAGAAUGGAGUUGUGUGUAUAUAUAUCUAUCAUCUUUAAACAAGGUAUAUCCGUCUUAAACAUUUUCCCGUUGACCAUGAAGGUGGUAUGUCAUUGUUAGAAGCUAAAUGCUGAUUUGUCGCUCGUUGUGCAGCCAGGCUCAUGUUUAAGGGUCGCGGCUGCCCCUCAGCCUGGGUCAGGGUUCAUUUUUAUUACUGCGGGGCAACGUUUCAGAAAUAAAAGCAAAGUUUACAACAA